GUUUUGACAGGAACCAUAAUUCCACAAUUUACCUUGAUGACCAUAUUGAGAUAUUCAAGAUGGGCAGCAAUAGUACCGGCACUGCUGAGAGUAAUUGCAAUGUUACACAUCCGACAUUUCAGUACUCUCUGUAUGCAACCACCUAUAUCUUCAUAUUCAUCCCUGGUAUCUUGGCUAACAGUGCAGCCCUGUGGAUUCUGUGCCGCUUCAUCAGCAAGAAGAAUAAGGCCAUCAUUUUCAUGAUCAACCUCUCAGUGGCGGAUCUCGCUCACGUCCUGUCCUUACCUCUCCGGAUUUACUAUUACAUCAACCAUCACUGGCCCUUCCAGAGGGCCCUUUGCCUGCUCUGCUUCUAUCUGAAAUAUCUCAACAUGUAUGCCAGCAUUUUUUUCUUGACAUGCAUCAGCCUUCAGCGGUGCUUCUUUCUCCUGAAGCCAUUCAGAGCCAGAAACUGGAAGCGUAGGUACGACAUGGGCAUCAGUGCUGCCGUCUGGGUCAUUGUGGGGACUGCCUGUUUGCCAUUUCCCAUCCUGAGAAGUGCUGGCUUAGCCAACAACAGUGAAUCCUGCUUUGCUGAUCUUGGGUACAAACAGAUGAACGCAGUGGUUAUGGUCACCAUGGUUACAAUUGCAGAGCUGGCUGGAUUUGUGAUUCCAGUGAUCACCAUCGCAUGCUGUACCUGGAAAACAACUAUAUCCUUGAAACAGCCACCGAUUGCUUUUCAAGGGAUUAGUGAGAGGAAGAAAGCACUGCGGAUGGUUUUCAUGUGUGCUGCUGUCUUUGUUAUUUGCUUCACUCCUUAUCACAUUAACUUCAUUUUUUACACCAUGGUAAAGGAAAGCAUCAUUACUAGUUGUCCCAUUGUCAAAAGUACACUGUACUUCCAUCCUUUUUGCUUGUGCCUUGCAAGUCUCUGCUGCCUUUUGGACCCAAUUCUUUAUUAUUUCAUGGCUUCCGAGUUUCGUGACCAACUAUCGCGCCAUAGCAGCUCCGUUACCCGUUCUCGUCUCAUGAGCAAGGAGAGUGGCUCAUCCAUGGUUAGUUAAAAUGAAAUAAUUCUUCAGUUAUUAUUAUCUUUACCUUUGCUGUUUGAACUGUUCCAAAGGUAGGAAUUGCCUGGCAAAAAAAUUUCUUUAAUUGAACAUUGGAAAUAGCAGAAAUAAAUUUUAUUGUGUGAUGGUUGUAGUCUCAGGAUUGUGCCUCCACAGAUGAUGGAGGUACAACGUGAAAAAAUGUGGGAGAAGAAAUGAAAAGGGGAUCCAUCUGCUUCUAAUUUAAACUUCAUGGCAUUUUAUUAGUUAAAAGUCCCAGAUCAAGUUUUUACAGAUGUUUCCAACCAGAAAUUGAAUGUGUGUAUUUAAAAUUGUCUUCUGUAAAUAGAAAAGUAUUGAGAUGCAAGAUACAGAUUAAUCUUUACAGAAAAGUAAAUGUCUUCCAUGGAAUAAUUUUAUUUCUGAGUGGAGUAAAAAUUUCAACUCUUUCUAAGACAUAAAACACGGAUGAAGUGACACAAAAAUCAAAGCAUUCAGUCAACACUGGAAGCCUGCUACUGAAUUAAGGGCAUGAAAAGCUACUCCUUGAACAUUUAUAGAUGGCUAUCAUUUUCUGAGCUGGUACUUUCCUAUGUAUUUUUAUAAUAUCAUCUUACUUUCUAAUAGAAGUGACAAAAAUGUGGAAAUGCAAAUACAAAGGCCUAAGUGUAAUAUCAGAGAGAUUAAUUAUCUUGCCUUAGGAUUAACAGUUAAGUGUACAUGGCAUAUGAUUAUUUUAUUUAUUCCCUCUGCUUAUAUUUUUAUAUGUAUUAAGUCAAUAUUAAGUUUGAGUUGAAUGCUGGAGAUACAAACUGAAGAUAAGAACAGGAGAUAAAGAUCAUUUGAACACAAUUUUCUUAGACUCAUGGAAAAAGCCAUAGGUUUGAAAUUAGCAUGAUUCUGACUACAGAGUCCUCUAUGAAAAAUAUAUUGUCCUAAUACUAUAAGGAUCUGCAUAAUCUUGAUGAGAAGUCCAACAGUUUAUUAUUUCAAAGCCAGUUUUAUUGCUUAAUGCAAGCCAUGCAAAUCUCAUAAAUAGAAAACUAUAAAAACUGAGCCACAUUUUAGGAAAUGUAGGUGCCUUUUUAAAAAUUCACCCAUUUUUAAUUCUUAAAUAUUACUACAUGUUACCAAGCAAAAUCUCAAGGUGUUUUCAGAUAUCAUAACUCACAGAAUUGCAUUAGAAAGAGAGAAAUAUUAUCACAUUGUGAAUAAAUAUGACAGGAAUAUGUGAACUUGUUUUAUUUUUUCUGAACAUUAUGGAUAUUAGCUUAAGUAUUCUUGUAGAGGAUUUAAAUAUAUGGAACUCCUCAGCUUCUCAGAUUGACAAUUCACUGGUAUUUUAGGUUUGAAAUUUACAUAUACAGUUGGUGUACAUGCAAAAGAAGGAAGUGGUAGUUCUUAUAAUAUGCUUUUGUGUAGACUAACUAAGGAAGAGGAAGGGACCACCAAAAGGAGGAAUUAAAAAGAACAUUUCUUGGUUUCUUGGGCAUGCGAUAGUUCUGUAAUUAUAAAGUA